CGAGGACCCAGCCGGAUGUCGGUUAGUGACGGUUCACCCGCGGCUCGAGCGCAGCUCGGGGGCCGCUCGCGACGCUCCCCGGUGGUACGAGCGCGGCCCCCGGUACCGGCCCCGGCCCCGAGUCCCGGCCGACAGCUGUGCCACAGGAUGCCGCUCUUCGAGGGACUGGGCACCGGCGGCGAGAAGACGGCCGUGGUCAUCGACCUGGGGGCCGCCUACACCAAGUGUGGAUUUGCUGGAGAAACGGGACCAAGAUGUAUCAUCCCCAGUGAAGUUAAGAAGCAAGGCAUGACCCAAAGUGUUAAAGUAGUUGAGUACAACAUCAAUACUGAAGAACUUUAUGGUUAUUUGAAGGAGUUCAUUCACAUGCUAUACUUCAGGCACUUACUGGUAAACCCACGUGAUCGCCGUGUUGUAGUUAUUGAAUCUGUUUUGUGUCCAUCGCAUUUCAGAGAAACUCUCACCAAAGUGUUCUUUAAGCAUUUUGAGGUUCCUUCAGUGCUGUUUGCUCCAAGCCAUCUCAUGUCUCUCUUGACUCUUGGAAUCAAUUCCGCUGUGGUUUUAGACUGUGGAUACACAGAAGCACUGGCCUUACCUAUAUAUGAAGGAAUACCUAUUCUAAAUGCCUGGGGAUCACUACCACUGGGAGGAAAGGCCAUCCACAAGGAGUUGAAUUCCCAGUUACUAGAAGAAUGCACUGUGGACACGGGCACUGAGACCGGACAGAGCUUGGCUUCUGUUAUGACAGGCACACUUCCAGAUGAAAUUCUAGAAGAUAUCAAAGUUCGUACUUGUUUUGUCAGUGAUCUCCAGCGGGGUCUAAAAAUUCAGGAUGCCAAGUUUAAUAUUGAUGGAACUGCUGAGCGUCCUCAACCACCUCCGAAUGUUGCGUACCCUUUGGACGGAGAGAAGAUUUUGCACGUCAAAGGAUCAAUCAGAGAUUCUGUGAUUGAAAUUCUGUUUGAACAAGAUAAUGAAGAAAAAUCUGUGGCCACUUUAAUCCUUGAUUCACUUAUACAGUGCCCCAUAGACACAAGGAAACAACUGGCAGAGAAUCUUGUGGUCAUUGGUGGAACUGCUAUGCUACCUGGCUUCCUGCAUCGUCUUAUGGCAGAGAUCCGGUACCUUGUGGAGAAACCAAAGUACAGAGAAGUGCUUGCUACCAAGACGUUCAAAAUCCAUACUCCACCUGCAAAACCAAAUUGUGUGGCCUGGUUGGGAGGAGCAAUCUUUGGUGCUCUGCAAGAUAUCCUAGGCAGUCGCUCAGUCUCCAAGGAAUACUAUAGCCAGACCGGUCGUAUUCCUGAUUGGUGCUGUCUGAGUAACCCACCUCUAGAAAUGAUGCAUGAAACUAAAGCACCACCUCCAUUAAUGAAGAGAGCCUAUUCCACUGAGAAAUAGGUGAUCUGGAUGUUGUCCUGGAAGCUACUUAACAUAUGUAACAGUGUUUACUAAGUACAUUGUUGUCCUCUUUAGCUAACUGCUGAGAUUUCUAGAUUGUGUUUCCAUAUGUUCACUGUUGUAUUAUGUCUAAUAGUAUUUGAAUAUUUGUUGAUCGAGCAAAAGUGACAUACUCUUAAUAGCUCUCAACUAAAACAUGUAUGCUUAUCAACAGCAUGUUGUUAAGAGCUGAGGCGAAAGUAUGCCAUUAAGUUCUUUCAUAAUCCUGUUGGAGACUUAUUUAUGCAGCAUGCAAUUCAAAUGGACAUGAAGGUUUGUCAGUAUGAUUGAAAAUGGCUUCUGUUGCACAAGUGUAUGUUUCUCAUCUGGAGUUUUCACCAAUAAAGGCUCUGAAGCCACACUACACUAAA